AUGGAGAAACAGAACAGAGGACCCAUUACUAAUGUUGCAAAUGCAACUCUUCGUACAGCUGAGGCAACAAAAGUUAGUAAAGCUACAGUUGAACGAAUAAGUAAAGAAGCACGAGAGUCGCAAGAAUUAUAUGGUAACCCAGUUUUCAAUUUAAAGAAGAGGAAAAGAUCGAAACCUGUGACUGGUUUGGAUGACUUUGACAAAUGUUUGCUUCGUCGGAUAAUUCUCCAAUUUUAUGAGAGGAAAGAAAUUCCAACCAUUAAUAAAGUGUUGUCUGAAAUGAGGGAAAGAACAGGAUUCAAAGGGGGUAGAGAAUCUUUAAGAAAAAUUGUGAAAGAAAUUGGUUUCCAGUACGCAAAACUCGAUGGUAGGAAAUUUUUGAUGGAACGAUAUGAUGUGCAGUGCUUGCGAACAAGAUUCCUAGAAAAAAUGCAAAACGUCAGGGAGAACGGACGAAAUGUAAUUUAUCUGGAUGAGACUUGGGUUAAUCAAAAUUACACUGUAGGAAAAUGCUGGAAAGAUAAUAAAUGCGAGAAUGCUUCUGGAAUUAAAGUGCCGUCAGGAAAAGGUGGCCGACUUAUAAUUCUGCAUGCAGGCUCUGCAGAAGGCUUCAUUCCAAACGCUGAGCUCACAUUCACUGCAAAGAAUGACGGUGAUUAUCACCGUCAAAUGAAUCACGAAGUGUUUGAAGAAUGGUUUCGUUGCCAGUUGCUCCCAAACAUACCGCCAACUUCAAUUAUUGUGAUGGAUAAUGCUCCUUAUCAUUCAAGGAAAGUAGAUAGACUACCAACGAUGUCAAGCAAAAAGGCGGUCAUUACAGAAUGGCUCAUCUCUAAAGGUGCGAAACCAACAGAGAAAAUGUUGAAGGGUCAACUUUUAGAGAUGGUAAAGGUGUACUCCGUUAAAAUAAAAAACACUUAUGUCGUAGAUAAAAUUGCAGCAGAAAAUGGACAUGAAAUUAUUCGGCUUCCUCCCUACCACUGCCAAUACAACCCAAUAGAACAACUAAUUUGGGGCCAAGUGAAAAGUUUCAUAGCGAAACGAAACGAUUUUAAGAUGGCAAACCUGUCGGAACUUACUAAAGAAGCUCUGGAUACUGUGCCACCUGAAAAUUGGGAAAAUGCCGUAAGACAUGCCGAGCAAUUGCAAGUGGAAGAUGCAGCAAAAGAUAUCUUGAUUGAUAAAUAUAUUGAUUCAUUUAUUGUAAGUCUUGACUCUUCUGAUGAGGAAUCUUCUGAUGAGGAGUCCUCUUAA